UUUGUAAUUGCGCUUUGCUUGGUUGUCCUCAAAGCAGAAAGUGUACCCCGGAGGAGUGUCUUGUUUUACACCACUGUUUAAUAGUUCGCUAUCGGUGUGGUGCAUAAAAAAUUGCUCUGGCAAUUAACAGUUCACUUAUUAACGGUUAAAGCACACAGAAAACAUUGCGGAUACAAUGAGUCUCGGAUACGGGAGGCCUCCUCCAAGGAUUGAUGGGAUGGUUUCCCUGAAGGUUGACAAUUUAACCUACAGAACCACCCCAGAUGACUUGAGACGAGUAUUCGAGCGUUGUGGUGAAGUGGGUGAUAUUUACAUUCCUCGUGAUCGACACACUCGUGAAAGUCGAGGAUUUGCAUUCGUCAGAUUCUACGACAAACGUGACGCCCAGGAUGCUCUGGAUGCCAUGGACGGCCGGAUGUUAGAUGGCAGGGAGCUUCGCGUUCAGAUGGCCCGCUAUGGUCGUCCAACUUCGCCUCAACGGGGAGGAGGUGGUAGCGGUGGUCGCCGUUACAACGGUCGUGAACGGGGUCGGUCUCGUGACCGAUACAAGCGUCGUUCUCGCUCGGCAGAACGCCCACGCGGAGGCGGUGCUGCCCGCCGAUCAUAUUCCCGAUCCAAGUCUCGUUCUCGCGAUCGUUCCCGAUCCGGCAGCAAAUCAUCCCGGGGCAGAGAAUCCAGAUCGCGUAGUCCAUUGGACCGGGGAAAUCAUUAUUGAGUUGACGAAACAUAAAACAUAACGUAUGAUGGAACAAUGAACGUUCCAGCCAAACAAAGCAGCAACAUAAUUGGAACGAAUGAAUGAUGUAUAUGCGUUUAUGUAAUUUAUUUUCACUGGAUAUAUCCAACGAUGACUAAAAAUGGAUACUGACGACAAUUUUAGCAAGGGCAAAUGCGGUUGCAUGCUGUUACUGCUGCUGCUGUUGCCUGUAAAGAGACAGACUGAGAGAAAAAGAGGGCCCACACGCUGCGCGAGACUAAGACCGAACGCGCGAUUGUUUAUGCUGUGUUGCAGGAGAGAUAAGCGUCCCCGUUCCGUUCCAGUGGCUCUCCGGUUUUCCGAGCGUCCGCGCGCUGAGGCAGAAAUCUAGGAUUUGGCAGACCAUCGUCGACUUUUUGGCCGCGCUGAGUUUGCCUGCCUACGUACCUAUCCAUUGUUGUCCUUCUUCAAUUUUGCUGCCCUUGCUGUGUAUUUUAUCGCUGGCUGGCUGGCUUGUAGCUGCAUUGUAGCCGGGUAUCGAAAGUGAAAGUCCAGGCGCGGAGACUGGUGUAAUGAUGGUGAUGGCGCGCACCGAUCGUUUGUUCCGACUACUGUUGCGGCUGUUGAGCCACGGGUGCGCACAUUGCAGGAGGAACUUGAAGAGCAGCCUUCUGCUGCUACCGCCGAAUAUCUUUCUCUCUUUCUUUUCUUCUUUUCCUUUUUCUAUAAUUCUAGUGCUCAGUGUUUUAUUUUAGCGUUUUUUUCCUAUGUUCUUUCUAUUUAUUUGCUCCAAGUAUUUUUGCAUGUCUGUACCGAUGACGAUGCUGAUAAAACAAAAAAAACACGCGAGCAGAGAAAGAGAGAGCACUUGAUAUGAAGCUGAGCCGAACUGCUUAUGUUGUAAGCAAAUCGGCGAAGGUAGAUGGAAAAUGUGAAAGCGAGAAGGAGAUUUAAAGUUGGGAAUGUUAGUAGCAGAGGGCACCUGGGAGUAAUCACGUAUGAACAAGCAGGUGAUUCACACAUAUUGCAGAAUUAUGGUGCGUUUCCCGAAGCCGUUCGUGACAAGACGGCGUGUUCGCGAGUAUCCUGUUCCGUUACCUACGGCCGAUAUAUUUCUCUUUCUAGGUUACGCAUAACUACUGUUAAGUUGCAGUUCCUGUUGAAAAUCAGUUCCAUACAUAGACUAGUUUUAUAUUUCCAGAUAAAAGCCCAACAUUUUCAACACACCCAAUCGUCGACAUGCAAACCAUUGCGAAGGCCAGCGGAAGACAACAAAAUCUUGGAAAUCCACUCUUCAUACAAAAAAAAUAUCCACGCUCUAACCAAGUUUAUUUGAAACCUAAUGGUAAGUGAGCAAACCCAAACGAAGCUAUUCUUUCAACAACUGCUUGAAGCGAACUAUACAUAUUUAGUUUGCAACAAUAUCUUAAAACAUAUACAUGGAAGCCCGAUUAUCGUAUAGUGUAUGGAUGAUUGAAAUAAAAACAAAUCAAGGUUAAGCGUC